CAUUUCAUUCUCCUACUUGACCUCCAUUCCAUCCAUCCUCAUAUUCCCCUCCCAUACUUCAUCCUAACAUCCUUAUCAUCGCAUAUCCUUUCCCCAUCCCAUUUAUCUCUCUAUCGUUCUCUCUUAUCUCAACUGUCCCACUAAAAUAGACCAUCAGACUCCAACUCAACAUGAUCAGUUCAGCUCGUAUCCUUCGUCAACGUAUUCUCCCCACUUCAUCCCAUCUCAGUCAUACAAACAUCCCACGUCUACUCCCACCCAUCCUACGAUACCCAGUAGGUCCACCAUCCAAACGAUAUGCUUCGUUUGCCGUCCCUAAUUCUGGAUUGGACAGUGUUCCUUCUCCAGCUGAAGGAAAAGGAGUACCGGCUGUAGGAGGAAGUAAAGGUAAAGUUUGGGAUAAUGCCGAUGAAGCUGUUGCGGAUAUAAAACCUGGUAGUUUGUUACUUUCUGCUGGAUUCGGUCUCUGUGGAACAGCAGAAACUAUCAUCGCCGCUCUUCUAACCCAUCCCCACAUCAAAGAUCUCACUGGAGUUUCGAAUAAUGCCGGAGACGGAGUAUAUGGUCUCGCACCGAUGGUAAAGAAUGGUCAGAUCAAGAAAAUGAUUCUCUCUUACGUUGGGACGAACAAAGGAUUGGGAGAUUCGUAUUUGCGUGGAGAUACCAUGCUGGAGUUAUCCCCUCAAGGGACUAUUGCUGAGAGGUUGCGGGCUGCUGCUGCGGGAAUGCCGGGGUUUUACACUAGGACAGGGGCUGGAACUCUGAUCGAAACUGGAGGAAUUGCCCAAUUGUGGUCUAAACCCGACGCAGAAGGAAAACAACACGUUCUCGUUCCAGGUGUCAGUAAAGAGGUCCACGAGUUUGAUGGAAAGCGAUAUCUUUUCGAACCUGCUAUCAGAGGAGAUGUAGCCAUUUUAAGAGCAUGGAAAGCAGACAAAGCUGGAAAUUGUGUUUUCCGAUACACCACCAGAGCUUUUGCUGGUCUUUGUGCCCGAGCCGCUAAAUUGACCAUCGUCGAAGCUGAAAACAUUGUCGAAGUCGGAGAACUCGGACCCAUGGAAAUUGAUCUACCAGGCAUUUACGUCGACCGUGUCGUGCGUGCGACAGUGCAAAAGAAGAUCGAACUUUUGACGACUCGUGAUGACGACAAACCACCCACACCGCCCGCCUCGCCAACACCUUCCGGGUCAUCCUCGACGAUAUCCGAUGAUGUGCCGAGUAAGAGCGCAGGCAAAUUGAGACGAGAGAAAAUCGCUCGUCGUGCCGCGAAAGAACUGAAAGAUGGCUAUUAUGUCAAUCUGGGUGUUGGGAUGCCAGUGUUGGCGGCUAAUUAUCUGCCACCAGGGACGAAUGUGUGGUUACAGAGUGAGAAUGGGAUUUUGGGAAUGGGACCUUAUCCCACUAGAGAUCAGGUGGAUGCGGAUGUCGUCAAUGCCGGUAAAGAGACAGUCACCCUCGUUCCUGGUGCUUCGGUCUUUGAUUCUUCCGAGAGCUUCGGGAUGAUUCGUGGUGGUCACAUUGAUGUGUCUAUCUUGGGAGCUAUGGAGGUUUCUCAGAAUGGUGAUUUGGCAAACUACAUGAUCCCCGGUAAACUCGUCAAAGGAAUGGGAGGAGCCAUGGACUUAGUUUCCAAUCCAGACGAAACGAUGAUAAUCGUAGUCACCGAUCAUGUGGACAAGUACGGUCAAUCAAAAAUCAAAGCAGACUGUUCAUUGCCUCUUACAGGAGUACGAUGUGUAAGUAGGAUCAUAACUGAUCUCGCUGUCUUCGAUGUGGAUAGGAUCAAUGGUGGAAUGACUUUGAUCGAAUUGGCCGAUGGUGUGACAUUGGAGGAAGUAAAAGAGAAGACGGGAUGUGGUUUUGCUGUUGCUGAGACGUUGGGAAAGUAUUAGGUGGUGAGGAACAGUAUUAGGUGUGAUCUAGAAAAGUUAGAUUUGUCGCAUUGGGUAUAAGGCAUGAAUAGUGUUUCUACUUCUGA